AUGAAUCUGAAUCCUGCUCCGCCUGUAAUCACAACCACUGCUCCCCAAGCAAUACCUGCCACUUCAAUUGAGGCCAAACUGGUUGUGCUCGGUGCACAGGGCGUUGGCAAGACCUCUCUGGUCUCACGCUAUAUCAACCCCUCCGUGCAGCUGUCCAACAACAUUCAGUCCACCAUUGGUGCAUCCUUUGUGACCAAGCGCAUUACCGACCCGGACUCCUCAACCACCAUUCGACUGCAGAUAUGGGACACUGCUGGCCAGGAACGCUUUCGAAGCAUAUCUCGUCUAUACUACCGAGGUGCCAACGCCGGGCUACUGUGCUACGACAUCACCAAUGAAAAUAGCUGGGAGGAAAUGAAGACAUGGCUGGCCGAGAUGAAGGAAAACUGCGCCGAUGGCGACGUCAUGCCCAUCAUACAUGUCGUCGGCACCAAGAGCGACAUGGUUGCAGAUGACCCCACACGGCGAGAGGUGGUUUUCGAGAGAACAAUUGCCUACGUUGCCGAGCAACUUGGCGGCAUCAGUGCCCAAAGCACCGCUUCUACUCCACCAUUGACCAUGAGACCCGGUGGCGGCAACAAUGGCAACAACAUAAUCCACAGUCCCGAUUCAAAACGAAGCUCAGGCUUUUGGAACCAAGACAUCGGCUGGGACAGUUGUCACGAGGUCAAUGCCAAGGACGGGGAAGGUAUCGAAGAGGUUUUCAGAGUCAUUGCCCGAAAACUGAUCGAUCAGAAACACCAGAAAGACGCUGCUGACUUUGCCCGUCUACAACAAACCCCGGGUUAUCGAAGCGAAAACGGCGACGACUAUUUCGCCGGCCACCAUGGCCACUCGGGCAGUUUUCGAGUGGGCUAUGGCGACAAACGUCGAAGCUGGCUAGGUUUGCCCAGUGUGGGUCUUGGAGGCGGCGGAGGAGAAAUCGAUGGAGGACCUGCUUUUGGCACUCGUGAUCCAGACGAGGCUCGACGCAGAGGAAGGUGCUGUUGA